ACUGUGAGCGAGGUUCGGUUUUUGAAGAGAAAGAGAAAGAUAUGAAGAUGAUGAUGGGAAGCUCCAAGAGAAGGAUUUCAAGCAAAGGACUUGGAGGAGUUCUUAAAGAGCAUAAAGCAAGGCUUUACAUCAUCAAGAGAUGUGUCGUCAUGCUUCUUUGUUACCACGAUUGAUAUAUUCGAACUCAGUUGAUCGGUUAAUCUAGACUUGAUCAAGCAGUUUGUAUAUAGAAAGUAUGUGGCUUGAAAGAGCUCAACAGUUUUGUAGUUGGUUGGCCCUUGAUCAAUGUGACUUCUACUUGUGUUAGAUUAGUUCCUUUUUUUCCAAUGUGAUUUUGGGAACUAAUUUAUUUUAACAUAUUGACAUUAUAUAUGAAAUGAAAAAAAUGGUUGUUAAUCUAUGCUA